AUGGCAUGGUACGAAACUUAUAAAAUCGGUUGUGGAAUGAGGACAGAUUGCUUAGAAUCAGAUCCGCGCUUUAAAUAUAUGCUAUACAUUGUAUGUCACUAUGAUCCAGGUGGAAAUAUGCUCAAUGAUCCAAUAUAUGAAAGUGGAGAGCCUUGUUCGAAGUGCAAACGAUAUCCUGGAUCAAAAUGCGAGAAAAAUCUUUGUGCUGGCGGCGGACCAGCAGUUUACUGCAAGGACUUUUACAAUAAUUGCAACACUUUACAACAAUAUUGCCGUAUGACAACAUUACCACAAGAUUUCAAAGAAAGUCUGAAAAAAGGUUGCAAUAAAACUUGCCACUAUUGUACACCAAUUUGA